UGUCACUGGUUUGACUGAGCCAUUGCCAUAAUGUACACUUUCAAGUUUGUUUUGUUGUUGUUGUUGCCUUUUUUAGGAGAAGCGAAAACUUCUAAGAGUAAAACUGUUUGCGGUGGCUCGUUGUCUGGACCAUCUGGUAGCAUUACAACGCCACACUAUCCCMACAACUAUCCUAACAAUGCUGACUGUAUAUGGGCCAUUCAUGGACCAGCAAGAACCAAGCAGAUUGACUUUGAAUUCAAGUAUUUUGACAUUGAAUUUGGGGCAAAAUGCGAAUGGGAUUAUGUGUUGAUUAAAGACAAAGAUGGCAACACAGUUGGUAGCAAGUUAUGUGGGAGGAAAGACUCUCUCAAAGUUUCUGUACCAGGAGAUCUUGCAGUUAUCGAAUUCAAGUCUGAUGCAGAGAUCAGUGAGAAAGGCUUUGAUGUUAAGUAUAUUAUCAUCACUCCGACUCCUGAGCCAACAACUGGAAGCUGCAACUUUGACCAGGGAAUUUGUCCAAGAAUAUCGAAUGUUGAUAACAAAGUUGAUAACUUUGACUGGACGGUACACAGUGGACCAACACCCACAGGGUAUCAGCUAACUGGACCCAAAGCAGACCACACRACAGGAAAAGGCAAGUACGUAUACAUCGAGUCAACUGGUCGUUCUAAAGGCGACAAAGCGCAGCUAGAAACACAAGUGAUGUCGGGUACUAGAUGUUUGAAGUUCUUCUACCACAUGUUUGGCAUUAUCGGUAUGGGGAGUCUGAAGGUCUAUAUUGUGACAAACAAUGCGAGGAGACUGGUGAUUAGUUUAAGUGGUGACCAAGGUGACGAGUGGAAAGAAGAGCGAGUCCAAAUUAGAGAAAACGUUCCUUAUAAGGUCGUCUUUGAAGGMAUUGUAGGAGSUUCKGACUACUCCGAUAUUGCAAUCGAUGACAUAACUUUCUCWGACGAGGAAUGUAAGAAUUGGAAAGAGUGUGGAGGUGUCUUGACCGCCCCCAGUGGCUYAUUYACYAGUCCACARUAUCCUAGCAACUACAAAGACAACCUGAGAUGCAAAUGGACCAUUCGACCAUCGAAAGAUACAUCGAUAAUUAUCGUUAGAUUUGCUGCUUUCCAGGUUGAAAUGGCGCCAAACUGCAGAGAUGAUUACGUCACAAUAUCAGACUCGAAUGGUCAUUCCGUUAAAAAACCGCGGUUCUGUGGUUUUUAUGGCAACGGGUUUGGUGUCAAGGUACAUGGGAAAGAAGCUGAAGUUUAUUUCCAUAGCAACAAUCAUUUAACAGAUAAAGGAUUUAAUGCAUCGUACGAGACAAUAGAGUCAACGUCACCAGCUGACUGUGACUUUGACCAGGGAGUUUGUCAGGGUUGGACCAAUGAUUUCAAUGAUGACAUKGAUUGGUCAAUCGGUAAUGGCUUCACACGCAGUUUCUUCACUGGUCCWCAUAACGAUAUCUACAUUUUAGGAAAUUACGCGUAUAUCGAGUCCAGCGGUCGACAGACUCGUGACAGAGCAGUCUUACUUAGUCCAUCCAUUAGUGGUCCCCAGUGCCUUACCUUUCACUACAACAUGAACGGUCAGAAGAUGGGCUCCCUGUCUAUCUCUACACACAACGGAAUGGGAAGAAAACAAGUCUGGAAAGCGACAGGUGAUCAUGGGAAGUUUUGGGUAAAAGAGAGUAUUAGCUUGGAUGACGUGCAGCCUUAUAAGGUGUCUUUUCAAGGAAUUGUUGGAAAUGGUUUYACCAGUGAUAUCGCAAUAGAUGAGGUCUCUUUUACCAGUGGACGGUGCCCACCAAAAUCUGGGUGUAACAAGAUAUUGACUGGAUCACAUGGCUCGAUUCAAAGUCCAAACUACCCCUCAAACUACCCCUCUGGAGUGGAUUGUACAUGGACUAUCAUCCCCCCUCCACAAUACUCUAAUAUUGCUGUUUCAUUCCACCACAUUGAUAUGCAAGACAGUCUACAAUGCAGUAACGACUAUGUUGCUGUUGAAGACAUCAGAGGAACUCCGAAAGGUAAAAAACUCUGCGGGAAAUCCAAGACAACCAAAACAUUUGAAGUAGACUGGCACGAGGCCAAUGUUCACUUUCACAGUGACAGUAGCAUUGUGGGUAAAGGAUUUCAAGCAUCUUAUCAAGCUUUUGGUUAUCAACCAGUUUGUGGUGGUCAACUUUCAGGAAAUGGUACAUUUGAAAGCCCAAACUAUCCAGACAACUACCCCAACAGAGUCACGUGCGACUGGGAGAUCACUGCACCCCCCGGAACAAAGGAAAUCAUUAUCGAGUUUGAAGACUUCGCUAUUGACGACUCCCCCAUUACUUGUUCGUAUGACUAUGUCUUGGUCUAUGAUGCUCAGCAUGGUAGAGAAGUUGGCAAGGUUUGUGGUAUGGUCAAACCAUGGCCAGUCAAAGUACCAGGAAAUAUCGCCAAUGUUAGGUUCCAGUCCUCUCACGUACAUGUUGGACGUGGMUUCAAAGCGCGUUACAUUGCAGUCUCACAAUGUAUAAAUACCUCCGCCCCUUUGUGUUUAACUUCACUUGGAGAACUACUUGGCUUCAGUAUGUACGUGUUCUUUGCUGCUCUGGUUUUGGUCUUUGCCGUUAGAGGGGAAUCUAAUGCUUCCUUCAAAAGGAAGGAAUGUGGAGGAGUAUUGACGAGUUCAACCGGAACCAUCAUGAGUYCAAACUUUCCUAAUUAUUACCCUGAUAACACCGAUUGUAUCUGGACCAUUCAAGGACCUCCGGGAACAAUAAAAAUUGAACUUGAAUUCCUUCAUUUCGAUGUCCAGUGGGGAAUGUCUUGCGAAUGGGAUUACAUGACAAUUAAAGACAACGAAGGAAAGAUAAUUCGUAACAACAUGUGCGGUAAAAAGUACACCCCAUUAACAAUCACAAUACCUGGAAAUUUAGCAACCAUUACUUUCCAUUCUGAUAACGAAUAUAACGAAAAAGGAUUUAAAGCCAACUUCAAGGCUAUCACUCCACCACCCAAAGCACUGCCUGGAAGCUGCAACUUUGACCAGGGCAUGUGUUCAGGAAUAUCGAAUGUUGAUAACAAAGUUGAUAACUUUGACUGGACGGUACACAGUGGACCAACACCCACAGGGUAUCUGCUAACUGGACCCAAAGCAGACCACACGACAGGAAAAGGCAAGUACGUAUACAUCGAGUCAACUGGUCGUUCUAAAGGAGACAAAGCRCAGCUAGAAACACAAGUCAUGUCGGGUACUAGAUGUUUGAAGUUCUUCUACCACAUGUUUGGUACUAUUGGUAUGGGGAGUCUUAAGGUAUACGUCGUCACUGACAACAACAAGAAACUGGUAAAGAGUUUGAGUGGUAACCAGGGCAACGAGUGGAAGGCGGAGGAAAUGCAGAUAACAGAGCAAAAACCUUAUAAGGUUGUAUUUGAGGGCAUUGUAGGUGUUUAUGAUKACUCUGACAUAGCCCUGGACGAUAUCUUAUUUUCUGACUCAACAUGCGUUAUGAAAAAAGAAUGUGAAGAUAUCCUGACUACACCCAUGGGUUCGUUUGAUAGUCCAGGUUACCCAGGAGACUAUAAAGAUAAUCUACGGUGUAAAUGGACCAUUAGACCAAAUAAAAAAGACACUUCUCUCAUCGUCGUCAAGUUCCUUAGUUUUGACGUUGAACAGCGAUUUGCAGUGUGCAACGAUGACUACGUCAAAGUAACCGAUUCUAAAGGUCAAGUUGUUCAUCAAUCUCGGUUUUGUGGUUUCUAUCCAUUUGGUUUUGGUGUCAAGGUAUUUGACAAGGAAGCAGUGGUUCAUUUCUAUACCAAUCGUCAUUUUGCCAAGAAGGGAUUCCAAGCAGUGUACGAAGCCAAAACAUCAACACCACUAGAUUGUGACUUUGACCAAGGAAUGUGCAAAAUGGGUUGGUCAAAUGAUGACAGCGCUGAUUUCAAGUGGUCAAUUGGUAAGGGCAGUACACCAAGUUUUUUUACUGGUCCAGAAGCCGAUUUUUAUAGAAUUGGAAAAUACGCCUAUAUCGAAGCCAGCGAUCGACAGUUCCUGAACAAAGCAGUCUUAUGGAGCCCACCUUUAGCUGGUCCCCAGUGCUUGACUUUUCACUACAACAUGAACGGUCAAAAGAUGGGCUCCCUGUGUAUCUCUACACAUGAUGGCAAGGGGGGAAGAAAAGAAGUGUGGAGGACCGCAGGGCAUCAUGGUCAUGGCAGAUACUGGUUGAAAAAAAGUAUUAAUUUAGAUGGUCAGUCGGCUUACAGGAUAUCUUUUGAAGGAACUGUUGGAAGAAGUUUCACCAGUGAUAUCGCUUURGACGAGAUCUCUUUCACCAGUGGACGUUGCCCAUCGACAUCUGAAUGUAACCACAUAUUGACUGGAACGGGUGGAACCAUUCAAAGUCCAAACUACCCCGCACCCUACCCCUCUGGUGCUGAGUGUAUAUGGACCAUCAUUCCCCCUCCACGGUACCAUAACAUCAACAUUACAUUCGUAGAUGUUGAUAUGGAAGACAGUGCAACGUGCAGCAAAGACUAUAUUAUAGUGAGAGAUGUUUCAGGACCAAUAGGAACUCAAAUUGGAGAAAAAAUAUGUGGGAAACCAAAGACACCUAUAACAGUCCCAGUCCAAUGGCAACAAGCAAAAGUACAAUUCUACAGUGAUAGCAGCAUCGAGGGAAAAGGAUUUCAAGCAACGUAUCUGGGCAUUGAUCUUCUACCAGUUUGUGGUGGGCGGUUGUCAGGCAACAGUGGUACAAUCCAAAGUCCAAACUAUCCAAACAAUGCUCCAGAAAGAAUUAGAUGUGAAUGGGAGAUCACCACCUCUCCAACAGUCAAGGAAAUUAUCAUCACAUUCGACAACAACUUUUUUAUUGMCGACACGAGUUGCUACAGUGACUACGUAGUGGUUUACAACGCUCAGCACGGUAGACAGACGAGCAAGGUGUGCGGCAGGUAUGCACCAUGGCCGAUCCGUGUCAAGGGUAAUGCUGCCAACAUUCGAUUUGAGACAUCGUAUAUUAAAGGCCUGGAUCGUAGAUUCAAAGCUAGCUACACUACUGUAGUGUAAGCCAAUACAUAUUGAAAUAAAGAAAUUUUAAACACUGAUUUGUUAUGUUUUGGAAUGUACAAUGUUCAGCUAAGCUCUUU